AAGCCAAACACAACAAGGAAAGUCGAUUUCAGAAUGGCGGAUCCGAUCCCGGCAGCAACACCGCCGAGAUCCGCCACGGACUUUUUCUCCGACCCUCUCGAUUCUCACCCACUCUGGUUCAAGCCCUCUCUCUUCCUCUCCGCGAACUUCGACUCCGAAUCCUACAUCUCCGAGCUCCGAACCUUCGUUCCCUUUGAUACGCUCCGAUCCGAACUCGAUGCCCAUCUCGCCUCCCUCAACCACGAGCUCAUCGACCUGAUUAACCGCGACUACACCGACUUCGUUAACCUCAGUACCAAACUCGUGGAUGUUGAUGCUUCGGUGGUGCGAAUGCGGGCCCCGCUGGUCGAGCUCCGAGAAAAGAUCGAGCAGCACAGGGUUUCCGUGGAUCGCUCGCUCGUGGCUCUCAGAAAUGGGUUGAAUCAGAGGUCGGAGGCCGCGUCUGCGAGAGAGACCCUGGAGCUUUUGCUCGACACAUUUAAAGUGGUGUCGAAGGUCGAAAAACUAAUAAAAGAACUACCGAGUAUGCCUGCUGAUUGGUCAAAUGGAGAUGCAGAUUUGGCAGACAAGAAUUCUACAAGCAAUGGGAUUUCCACACAACAUGUUGAGAAUGGGACAAACCUCAGAGAGACUCAGAGCAUGCUUUUGGAGAGAAUUGCCAGUGAGAUGAAUCGGUUGAAGUUCUAUAUGGCUCAUGCACAGAACCUGCCCUUCAUUGAAAACAUGGAGAAGAGGAUUCAGAGUGCUAGCCUAAUAUUAGAUGCAAUUUUAGGACAUUGUUUCACAGAUGGGCUUGAGCACCAGGAUGCGAAUGCAAUUUACAAUUGUUUACGUGCCUAUGCCGCUAUUGAUAACACUAGGAGUGCAGAAGAAAUUUUUCGUACAACCAUAGUUGCUCCAUUGAUACAGAAAAUUAUCCCGCAUGAGACAUCAGCGGUAGUUGCAGGGUCAUACACAGAUGAACUCGAGAAUGAUUAUCAGCAAAUCAAGCAAAGUAUAGAUAAAGACUGUAAAUUCUUACUGGAAAUUUCUUCUACAGAAAAUUCAGGCUUGCAUGUGUUUGACUUCUUGGCCAAUUCCAUCCUUAAAGAGGUUCUUCUUGCAAUCCAAAAGGGAAAACCAGGCGCUUUUUCUCCAGGAAGACCCAUGGAAUUCUUAAAAAAUUAUAAAUCAAGCCUUGAUUUCUUGGCUCUUCUAGAAGGGUACUGCCCAUCUAGAUCUGCUAUUGCUAAAUUCCGAUCAGAAGCUGUCUACGUUGAGUUCAUGAAGCAAUGGAACAUUGGGGUUUAUUUCUCUUUGAGGUUUCAGGAAAUAGCAGGGGCUUUAGAUUCUGCACUUAAUGCCACCAGUCUUGUGCCGGUUCAAAAUGUUCUUUCUGCUCAAGGAAGUUCUCUUGAAUUGACUUUAAAACAAAGUGUUACCUUGUUGGAGAGCUUGAGAUCCUGCUGGAGAGAAGAUGUUCUUGUCCUCUCUUGCGCUGACAAGUUUCUUCGAUUAUCUUUGCAGCUUCUUUCGAGAUACUCAAAUUGGUUGUCAUCUGGACUGGCUGCUCGUAAAGUGGUGGGUAAUACAGGCUCCAGCCCUGGAUGUGAAUGGGCUAUUUCAGCUGUCCCAGAGGAUUUUAUUUAUAUCAUUCAUGACAUAAAUUUUCUGGCCAAGGAGAUUUGUGGUGACUACCUGGAACGAGUACUCGAACUUCUGUCUUCAUGCUCUGCCGAUGUUCUUGAUUCAAUAAAACAGAGCAUUUUACAAGGUGGAAAGUCAUUGAAGGAUUUGGUUCCUCUGUUAAUUAAUACAAUAAUAGAGGCACUAGUCGAAAAGUCAAUUGAGGACUUGAGACAGCUGAAGGGAAUAACCGCAACUUACAGGAUGACUAAUAAACCUCUUCCUGUCAGACAUUCACCAUAUGUGUCUGUGGUAUUGCGACCCCUGAAGGCUCUUUUGGAUGGAGAGCGAGCUACAAUAUACUUGACUAGGCAAAUUAAGAACGAACUACUGCAUGGUGCUGCAACUGAGAUCACUGGUCGUUAUUACGAAUUAGCUGCUGAUCUUGUCAGCGUGGCUAGGAAAACAGAGUCUUCACUCCAGAGAAUACGGCAAGGGGCACAAAGACGAGCUGGAGCAAGCUCUGAUGUGUCAGAUCAUAAUGUGUCUGACACGGACAAGAUCUGUAUGCAACUAUUCCUUGAUAUUCAGGAGUACGGUCGCAACCUCUCUGCCCUUGGGGUUGACGCAGCCAAUAUUCCAGCAUAUCGUUCUUUGUGGCAGUGUGUUGCUCCUCCAGAUAGACAGAGUACGAUUAAUUUGUAGAGUUUGGGCAUUUAGCUAAUGGGGGGGUUGCAGAUGAAUUCCAUUGCAUGUUGAUUUUCUUGUGGGGUACAUUUAUUGUCUGGUUUAAUGUAGUAGUCGAUUCUUUUGACGUUCUUUGCAGUGUUGUUAUAAUAAGAUUAGAGUCGCAUGAAUACUUGCAUUGAGGCAAAAGUUUUGUACUUGUAACCUUUUUUUCUUUUUUGAUGUUUGUCCACCGGCCAUCUCUAUUCUUGUAAAAAUCACAGAGAGCUCAGAUUGUGAUGAUAUCAAUUGUUGCAAGUUUCUACCGAAACUCAAGUUGCGUUGG